AUGCCUGCCACCAGGAGUACUGGACCUCCUAAUUCGGCAUCACUUCAGCCUAUCAUCAUGGAAGCAUUCGAACACUUUAAACAGAAACAUUCGAAACAAAAUCAAGAUUUGAUUCAUAAGAAUCGAUUAUUAUUAAAAACUAUCACUGAAUUAGAAAACUUAAUCACCGAACUUAGGAAUCAAAACAUUUCUCUUCGUCUUGAAGUUACCAAGGCACGUCGAAAUCCAUCAAAUUCAACUUCAACUUCACAUCCAUCAUCAAAAUCAAAUGAACUUCCUAACUCUUCCAUUCGACUUGCUAUCUCCGAUAUCCUUUCUCGAUGUCAAUUUAUUCAAUCUGCACUUGAUUCACCUUCAACAUCUCAUCACAAUCCAACUUUAGCUGAAGGACUCUUUGCUACUGCACUCACUACCUCUCAACAAGCAUAUCAAGAUGAUCGACCUCAUAUUCGGAUCCCUAAACCUCACGCUGAACUUAUUGCAUUACGCGAAAGGAGAAGAAGUGAAUUGGCAAGUGACGGAGCAGAGACACGGUUAAGCUUUAUAGACGAAUGUAGUAGUCAAGAUGAGACAUCUACUCAUGAAACUCGUCCAACAGACCUCAAAGCUACUUACGAUCUCGAGUCAGCUUCAUCAUCCAGUUCAGGAUCUGAUUCUCCUGCUCGAAGGCAGGCUUCCAGACACGCCGGUAUCGAUAGUAGUUUUAUUUCAGAACGUUCACAUCGACGACAAAGCAUUCUACCCAACAUGCAAAACGAACCCCUGGUUCAACCCUCCACUUCAAUUCAAGAUGAGCAGGACCAGUAUUCAUCCCUACCGCCUUCCUCUAAUCAUGUUCCAAAUCUCGCCCCGACUCAGCACAAAGUUUCACAACGUCAAAUGUUUCGAAAAUCAAGGCUGAAAACUAUACCCACACGUGAUUUGGAUUCAUCUGAUGCUGAGUCUGAAGAGAACAAUAAAUCUGAAUCAGAGAAUGAUGAAGAAAUGAACUCAUCACAUGAAUUAGCUAGAAGUGAAGCAGAACAAUCUCCUUCACCUCAACCAUCACCUAUUCAUAUUAGAACUGAUACGCGUCCGGGCAAGAAACGACGUGCUAAUAUUUCAAUUUCAUCGGGAUUCGUUCCAGCUAUUUCUCCUGAAAUCUUUUCACUCACCAGUUCGAUCACCAACCAAGAAUGUGUUCCAAGUAUAGUGAAUCUUCCUAAUUUAACCUCUGGGUCACAGGAGAGAAUAAAUCAGAAGUCAAAGUCUAUUAAAACAAAUAAUCGAUUACAGGUAGUGUCUGAAACAUCGGCAUCACGUCGAAGAGAUUCAGGGUUGAAGAAAGAUUCACAGGCAGAUAUUGAAGAACGAGAGAGAUCAGAUGAUGAUGAUGAUGAAAAUGAGUCAUCAAAUCCGAUACGUAAUCCGGAUGAAAAAUGGCCAAAACAGAAGAAAGUUACCAAAGGGAAGAAACGGGCAAGAGGAUCAUUGGAUGCGGUCAAGGAAGAAACCCUUGUUCCGAGUAUGAAGAUUGAGGAGAGUACUACUGAGAAUGGGUCAGCUGGUGGCUCGAGAGAAGCUAGAAGGGCUCGUAAAGAAGUUAAUUAUGCAUUACCAAGCUUGAAUAAGAAAAUGAGAAGACCAGAAGAUUAUGUUUCAACAGUCAAACGCGCAUCUCUUACUACACAUGGUCUACCAAGAGGUGCAUCAAAAUCAGGACAACGUAGUAGUUCAGGUGGAUCAAUACCAUCAAGAAUCAAAUCUCCCACCAUUUCAUCAUCUUUGAAUUCUUCUAUUGGUAGUAGUAAAUCUAUUAAAAGUAAUAAAAAGUUGGAUGAACUUGAAUCUAAUCAUCAAGAAGAAAUCGAUUUGAAUAAGAAAAAGAACGUUUUACAAAACGUUGAGGAGAAUUUGUUUUCAAGUAAUUCAAAUCGUACUAGUACUAGUAGUAGUCAUAAUCGUUCACAAAACUUAAGAAGACAUAGUGGUCUUACAUAA